CCUGAAAAUGGUGUCGUUGGUGUUGGUGGCGGGGCGGGCACGAGGACGGCGCUGGUGCUGGUGCUGGCGCUGCGGAGCAGCCUUGGAAGAUGAGGCAGACGGCUGUGCAUUGUGCUUGGUUGUGCGGGAGUGCGGUGCAGAGGAGGAGGGGUGCUCGCACGCUUUGCGCUGCCGCUGUCGCCGCUGUCGCCGCUGGUCCAGCAGCAGCUGCUUCUCCUCGCGGGAGGCGAACUUCGCGUCGCUGGGCAUGGUGCUUGCUGCGUGAGAAGGGUGACGGCGUCAAGACGCAGGGUGCGAGCGAAGUGUUGGGAACGAGUGCAUAGAACAAGAUGCAGUGAGUGCGGGCGGGUGGGGGUAUUCCCGGGUCGCGACUAUGCUAUGGCGAGAAUGGAUAGCGGCGGCGGAGACAGCGGCGGCGGUGGUGAUGGUAGCGUUGGUCGUGGUGUUGGUGGUAGUGUCGAUCAGACUCACCGGGUAACGCUCGCGCGGUUUGUAGCUGAUAUGGGCCUGCAAUCUCUCCUGGCGCUCACGAGCGGCGUAGGCCUCUUUGGCAGCAGCAGAUCCUCCUCCAUCCUUAAUGGGUGGCAGGCGAUCAUCGAAGAGCUUCUUCUUGCCCCCACGCCCUGCGCCUCCAAAGCCGCCAGCCAUGGUGCUGCUGGUGCCGGCGCUGGAGCUGGUCCUUGUUGUGCUGCUUGUCGCUGUACUGCGAGCAAAUACGACUUGGACGAAGCGUGAGAUGUAGUGACGACGUCUGCGGUGCUGAAGGAGAUGUUUAAGCCAUCUGGACGACACUGGAAGAGCGGCAGAUGAAUGGGAUCUGGCGGUCUAUUGUCUUGAGGUGAUGAG